AUGGGGCGAAUGAAUUACCAGGUCGUCGCGGCCUGCGCGUGUCUACUGCUGCUCCUAUCCCACGCGUCCGCUAAGCCUCCCUCGUCCGAGCCGCCUUCCACCCACGAAUCGGCUUCUUCCUCCAGUCCAGCCCCUUCUCCCAAACCGGCUGAUUCUCCCAAACCUGCUCUCGCUCCCAAGCCUGCUCUCGCUCCCAAGCCUGCUCUCGCUCCCAAGCCUGCUCUCGCUCCCAAGCCUGCUCUCGCUCCCAAGCCUGCUCUCGCUCCCAAGCCUGCUCUCGCUCCCAAGCCUGCUCUCGCUCCCAAGCCUGCUCUCGCUCCCAAGCCUGCUCUCGCUCCCAAGCCUGCUCUCGCUCCCAAGCCUGCUCUUGCUCCCAAACCUGCUCUCGCUCCCAAGCCUGCUCUCGCUCCUAAGCCCUCUGCCUCCGUCAAAGCAGCCGGUUCACCCGAGCCUGCUCUUCCCCCGAAGCCGUCGCUCGCUCCAAAGCACGCGCCUUCCCCCAAGACCGCCCCCGCGCCUUCCUCCACAUCCGCCCCCGCGCCCGCGGAGAAGGAGCCCGCGGAGAAGGAGUCCGCGCGGCUGAGCGCGGCGGACGAGGCGAAGCUGGAGGCGGAGGGAUGGAAGCUGACGGCGGAGAACCUGAAGAAGCUGCGCGAGGAGGGCGCGCAAGUGCUGACGGAGGCGAACGUCCAGAUGCUGACGGAGACGGAUCCGUCAAGUCUGACGGAGGAAGACGGAGACGAGUACUUCCACUUCCACCACGUGGCGCACAUGGCGCAUCUGGCGCACAUGGCGCACCUCGCGCAGCUGCAGAGCAUGGAGGCGCACAACCAAGCGCAAGCCCCGGCGCACAACCACGCGCAAGCCCCGGCGCACGCGGUUCCGCCAGUCGGGAAGACCGCGGAAAAGAAGGCUGACGGCGCCGCGCAAACCACGGGCGAGAAGGUUGCCGGCGAGCAGAGCGUGGAAAUUCCUAACAUGGUGAUUAAAGCCGCGGGGGUUAAGGGCCAGGACGUCGGCGAUAUUGAGAAUGACAUCCUCGUUACUGACGACGUGAGAGUCACCGGCAAGGAGAUUGGUGUACCCGCUAUAGCGACAUCCGUAAAAAUUCCGAGCUCCGAAGCGGAUCUCAGUCCCAAGGGCGUCGUGGCGGCUGCGGAUGACGCGGGCGACAUCGAGGCGACUGAUGCGAACAGCGACGAGACGGCGACGGCUGCGAAGGGCGACACGAAAGCGACAGUUGCGAAGGGCGACGCCAAGGCGACGAAUGCGAAGGGCGACGCUAAGACGACGAAUGCGAAGGGCGAACCGAAGGCUACAGAAGCGAAGGGCGACGCGAAGACUCCAGUUACCGAGGGCGAGGCCAAGGCUACAGCUGCGGACGACGGCAUCAAGGCUACAAAUGCGAAGGCCGCGAUUGGCGCCUAUGAGAACGGGCCGUCGAAGCUGGCGGGCGUGAAAUCGAUGACCACCGGCGAUGCCGACGCUGUUACCGAUGCUCAUACCGAUGCUGAUGCAGAUGCUGAUGCCGAUGCUGAUACCGAUACUGAUGCAGAUGCUGAUGCCGAUGCUGAUGCCGACGCUGCCGACGCUGCCGAUGCUGAUACCGGUGCUGAUCCUGAUGCUGAUGCCGGCGCAGCUGACGCGGAUUACCCUGACGCCGCCGGCAGUGGCGGCGCCUCAUCGGGCAGUAAGUACGUCAAGACUGCAAUGGGUGGCGCCAAAGCAGAGGUCGACAGUAGCGCGUACGAGGAGGAGAGCUGUCCCGCGGCGCCGCUGGACCAAUGCGACUUCUACUUCGAGGGGCACCCGGAGGACGUCCCCGUCUUCCGCCUCGAUAAUGUCACACCCGAUACCGUUAUAAGCCCGCCGCUGGUGUCGAGCCGCAUUCAGCAGAUCAUUGAGGUGGAUCGCAGCGGCGCGGCGCAGUUCCUGUGCGCCAUGGACGGCGUGCGCGGCGACGACAACCAGUUCUACCUCACGAAACAGCAAUCCACGCUGCACGUCCGCACCUUCCAAACGCUGUCCUCGCCGCGCGACAAGUUCGAGUCGCGGUGCGUGAAGCUGUGGAUCGUGAACGCGCAGAUCCCGGCGCCCAACGGCUCGGUGGUCAACACGGCGCCGGGCGACGACCUUCAGCACGACUACCCCGACGCGCGCCGCUGCGUCGUCUUCAAGACCGGCCCCGUCGCGCCGCAGUCCGUGUCGUGCGGCCGCCAGCCCGUCUUCGCGCAGGCCGUCGGCUCCCCGCCCGGAGAUCUCGUCGUGCGCCCGUCCGCACCUUCCCCGCCCUCCGUGCCGGGUGCGCCCCGCGCGCCUGGUUCUCCGCCUUCUUCUCCCGACAGCCCGCCGGGGGGAGACUUUCCGCCCUCCUCCUCCUCCCCGCCGUCUCUCAAGACGAAUACCGACAGCCCGCCCUCCCGCUCCCCCGCUUCUCCCCCUUCCCCCGACUCCCCCUCCUCCCCCGGGACCCCCGAUCGCCCCCCCUUUGCGGGGAUCCAGACCUUGCAGCCGCCUUCCCCGCCCAAGCCCUCCCCCUCCCCGCGAGCUCCCGGGUCCCCUUCCCCCUCUCCCCCUGGCGUGCCUUCCACCGACCUUCCGCCGACGCCCCCGCACGCGCAGGUACUCAUUCCCCCGCUGACUACCACCAAGACCCAGUCGCCCCCGCCCCGCACGUCCUCCCCGCCCCCGCCCACACCUUCCCCCGACUCCCCCUCCGGGCCAGUCACCCCCCAGUCCACCCCAAACACCCCCGACGACACUCCCCCCGAGUCUCCCCCCGAGGGUUCCCCCGAGGCUCCCCCCGCGCCCAUUCCCCCUGCGGAGUUCCCCAAGCCCACAGGGCCGUGCAAGAUGAUGUGUCCGGCCAACCCCCUGUCUCUCUGCGACUUUUACUUCGAGCAGCAUCAGACCGCCGUGCCUCUUUUCCAUCUCAACGGCACUGUUCCCGACUCGGCCAUCAGCCCCGCGCUAAAGACAAACAAGCUGCCGCCCGGAAAGUUUGUCGAGGUGGAUUCGGUGGACCACAACCGGCUGCAGAUUUUGUCCUGUGUGGACUACGGGGUGGCGCCGGCGAGCUACAGGGAGAUGUUUUACGUCACGGGGCAGAUUGGGCGGCUGCACCGGCGGGCCACGGAUGGGGAGAGCAUGCUGGGGUUCUAUGAUGGGGCGUGUGUGCGCGUGAAGCUGCAGUCGCUGCAGCUGGCUUAUAACGAGACGAAUGUGAUUAAUCUGAAUCCCGGGGAUGGAAACAAGGAGUUCCCGGAGUCGAGGCGAUGCAUCGUGUUCAAAACGGCCGUUGUGCCGCUGGCAGUGGCGCUGGGAGCAGAUGGAGCAGAUGGGGCAGAUGGGGCAGGCAUCACCCCCCCACUGGGAGGGCGGUGA